CAUUUCCCAGAAUAAAACUAUAAGUUAAAGCAUCCUAUGCCAGCUAUAUAUAUCCAUCCUCCACAUCCUCUACGCACAUUCUUUUUCCAUAGAUUAAUCAGAAUUGAAACUUUCCAUGGAAGAGCUUCUCUUUCUUGUACAAAACAACGAUGAUAUUGUGCUGCUUAUUACAGUUGUUGUCUUCUCAGCUGCAAUAACAUAUGUUGCCUCUAAAGCUCGGAGAAGAUUAGACAUAGGAGAAGGGGAAGCAGCAGCAGGAGGAGGAGGAAAUAUCCCUGGCCGCCUUGGAAUACCUAUCAUAGGUGAAACCUUUUCAUUUCUUUCGGCAACUAACAGUACCAACGGAUGCUAUGAUUUCGUAAGGCUCCGACGAUUAUGGUAUGGGAGUUGCUUCAAGACAAGGAUAUUUGGCAAGAUCCAUGUGUUUGUCCCAAGUCCAGAGGGUGCAAAACAGAUAUUGACAAAUGAUUUUGUGGAUUUCAACAAAGGAUAUGUUAAAUCAAUGGCAGAUGCCGUUGGAGAGAAGAGCUUGCUAUGUGUGCCGCACGAUAGCCAUAAAAGGAUUAGGAGACUUCUUUCUGAUCCUUUCUCCAUGCCUUCACUAUCUAAGUUUGUUCAGAACUUCGAUCAAAAGCUUACACAGAAGCUGAAGAAAUUAGAAGAAAGUGGUGAAAGAUUUUCAGCCCUUCAGUUCAGCAUGAAGAUGAUACUUGAUGCAAUGUGCAAUAUGCUAAUGAGUAUCACAGAGGAUUCCUUGCUACAAGUGAUAGAAAGAGAUUGCACUGCUGUUUCAGAUGCUAUGUUAUCCUUUCCUCUCAUGAUUCCUGGCACCAGAUACUAUAAAGGCAUUAAGGCACGUCAACGGCUCAUGGAAACCUUCAGAGGGAUGAUUGGUGAUAGACGAGGUGGAAAGGAGACUCAUAAUGACUUCCUGCAGUCCAUGUUGCAGAGAGAUUCAUAUCCAUCCAGUGAAAAGCUUGACGACACGGAUAUCAUGGAUAACUUGUUAACAUUGAUAAUUGCAGCGCAGACCACCACUGCUGCUGCUAUGAUGUGGAGUGUCAAGUUCCUAGAUGAGAACAGAGAUGCCCAAGACAGGCUUAGGGAAGAGCAACUGUCCAUUGCCAAAAAUAAGCUAGAUGGAGCCUCACUCACCAUUGAAGAUCUUAACAAAAUGUUCUAUGGCUUAAAGGUUGUGAAAGAAACAUUGAGGAUGUCAAAUGUCCUGUUAUGGUUUCCUCGAGUUGCACUUAAUGAUUGCAUAAUUGACGGCAAGUUCCUCUGCACACUUGCAGCCAAAUUCCUGAAGUUCCGUUUUGAGAUAAAGAAAGGAUGGCACGUAAAUGUAGAUGCAACAUGUAUUCAUUACGACCCAGAAUUGUACAAGGAUCCAAUGCAAUUCAACCCUUCAAGAUUUGAUGAAAUGCAAAAACCAUACAGUUUUAUACCUUUUGGAUCAGGACCUAGGACUUGCCUGGGAAUGAACAUGGCCAGAGUGAUAAUGUUGGUAUUUCUGCACCGGCUAACUAGAGGAUACAAGUGGACAAUUCAUGAUCAUGAUCCCAGCCUAGAAAAGAAGACUCAUGUUCCUAGACUGAGGAGUGGAUGUCCCAUAACUUUGAAAGCCUUGGAUGAUGGAAAAUAAGCAAGCAUGUUUUCUUGUGGUGCAGGAAACUAGUUAGUAAUCUAGCAAAUGCAAUGCAGCAUAAUUAUCAUUCUCUGUUACAGUUUAGCAUAUGGGCACACUGUUCUUGUGAAUAGAUAAAACUGGCCUUUUAUUGUUU